GAUUAAACUAAAAAAAGAAAAAGAAAAAAAUUGCAAUAGCAUUUAUAUUUUUGUUGCAAUUAAUUAACUGCCUGCCCUGCCGAGAUGGUUAAAUUAACGCCGGAGUUGAUAAACCAGUCCAUGCAAUACAUAAAUCCAUGCCGUGAACGCGAGCUCGAUUUGCGCGGCUACAAGAUUCCACAGAUUGAGAACUUGGGUGCCACAUUGGAUCAGUUCGAUACGAUUGAUCUCUCGGACAACGAUCUGCGCAAGCUGGACAACCUGCCACAUCUGCCACGACUCAAGUGUUUGUUACUAAACAAUAAUCGCAUCUUACGAAUCAGUGAGGGCCUGGAGGAGGUUAUCCCAAAUCUAAGCUCUAUUAUACUGACGGGCAACAAUUUGCAGGAGCUGAGCGACUUGGAACCGCUUACAGGAUUCAAGAAGCUGGAGACCAUAUGUCUGCUUAUCAAUCCGGUAUCCACGAAACCAAACUACCGCGAGUAUAUGGCUUAUAAGUUUCCACAGUUGCGUCUGCUGGACUUUAGGAAGAUUAAACAGAAAGAUAGGCAACAGGCACAGGAGUUCUUCCGCACCAAGCAGGGCAAAGAUAUGCUCAAAGAGGUGUCCAAAAAAUCGAAAUUAAGCGCCGCCGCUGCACUGGCAGCCGAGGCAAGCAACGGCAAGGCAGCAGCUGAAGGCGGACGCUUUGCCAAUCCUGAAGAUAUGCAACGCAUACGAGAAGCCAUCAAGCGAGCAAGCUCCCUGGCGGAGGUAGAGAGACUGUCACAGAUCCUGCAGAGCGGCCAGCUACCAGACAAAUUUCAGCACGAAUUGGAACAGAAUGGGCACAACGGAACUUCAGCUGUGCCGACUGUAGAUAUGGAUUACUGAAUUUAUAUCUAGAUCUAGCUCUGUCGUCAGCUACCUUGUUAGUGUAGAAUAAUAUAUAUUUUAAUAAAAGUAGAGUCAGCGUACAGUCAAAUCUAAAUAGAUA